UCAACGCAACGCGCACGGGGAACGCUCCCAACGCUCACUCAACUCUCCUCUCUCUCUCUCUACGCCGCUCCGUACACACACACACGCACACAGGCGCGGGGAGAGAGAGAGAGACGGCGAACAAACUCGCCCCGAAGUUAGCCGCAUCACAGCAGCGCGGACGAGAAGCGAGUUCCCUGAAACUUCGGACCCGCAGAGGUGCGACACUCAACGCGCAAGUGUGCCCCACGUUCCGUUUCAGAGUUAAACAAAAUACGAUGGAAAUGCCGUGACAUGGGCUGCAGAGUUCCCAUAUCAGCAGACGACAGUGAAGCCGGAAAUGCGAUGGCCGAAUUCUGCCGUUUGAAAGUGGAGGACUUCUAUGACAUCCACGGGGUUCUUGGGAGCGGGCAGUUUGCAGUCGUGAAGAAAUGCUGCGAGAAAAAGUCCGGCCUGGAGUUCGCUGCCAAGUUCAUCAAGAAGCGACGGUCACGCAGCUCUCGACGGGGAGUGGUGCCCGAGGACAUUAAGCGGGAAGUGAGCAUCCUGAGCGAGCUGCGGCACCCCAACAUCAUCAGCCUGCACGAGGUGUACGAGAACGACACCGACGUGACCCUCAUCCUCGAGCUGGUAUCUGGCGGGGAGCUGUUUGAUUUCCUAGCUCACAAGGAGUCGCUGUCAGAGGAUGAAGCCACAGAGUUCCUGAAGCAAAUUCUGGACGGUGUGAGUUACCUGCACUGCAGGCGCAUAGCCCACUUUGAUCUCAAGCCUGAGAACAUAAUGCUGCUGGAAAACCGUGCACCUAAAGCCAAUGUCAAGAUCAUUGACUUCGGACUGGCGCAGAGCAUUGUGGAUGGUGUGGAGUUUAGACAUAUUUUCGGGACACCUGAAUUUGUAGCACCAGAGAUUGUCAACUACGAGCCUCUCGGAGUGCAAGCUGAUAUGUGGAGCAUUGGAGUAAUGACAUACAUUCUGCUGAGUGGGGCCUCCCCAUUCCUGGGUGACACCAAGGAGGAGACCCUGAGCAACAUCUCAGCCGUGGAAUACCAGUUCGACGAGGAGUAUUUCAAGCAGACCAGCGCUCUUGCCAAAAAUUUCAUUCAAAGGCUGCUUUUAAAAAGCCCCAAAGAGAGAAUGAAUAUUGAAGAGGCCAUACACCAUCCUUGGAUUAAGCCAAAGGACAAACAUCAACUGCUGCACAGAAAAUUGUCCUUCAUUAACCUGGAGAAUCUCAAGAGCUUCAAUGCACGCAGGAAGUGGAGGCUCUCAUUGCGAGUGGUGCGGUUGUGCAACCAGCUCUCACGUGCACACAUGCCCAAAGCUGGAACUGAGCAGAACCAUGCUUCCUGCACUACCCACAUGGUGGACUCUGACUGCGGGAGUGGGGACGAGGACGGUUUGACAAUGGCGCUGGACCGACUGCCCAGGGAGGCUCGUGCCGUCCACAUGGACGCGUGCGACGAAGCCGUGGCCCAGCCGAGCCUGAACGGGGCUCACUAGACAUUAACGGCUCACGCGGCCCCGGAUUCGUGAAUGUCUGAAUUCUUUCAUGCCUUAUUUUUGAAUGUCGGUUAGGAAUAAUUUAAUAGUUGUAUUAUUUUUUUUAUAUUGUUGUUCAUGCAAAUACACAUGUUUUUUUUUCUCUGAAGAAAGAUAUCUUUACUUGGUGUUGGCUUAGUAUGUAGGCACUUUCAUGCAUUGGCAAUAAUUUUGAUACCUCUUCAUUAAAUACAACAAACCUUCAAAUUUGUCAUACAGUUGACAUCGAAUUACUACGGUGAUUGCAAUUUGAGCUCAGUCGAUUGUGCUUGAACGGUAUCGUAUAGAAGGCCACCACAUGCCUGACUUUGUCCUGGACAGAGGAUAAAUUGUCUAUCACAUGUGGAUGGCAGAAAUGAUGCAACUCGGAUAAUAUAUGAUCCAUCUGUAGGACUUCAGAAAAGUCACUUGCUUGGUUUAUUGCCUGGACAACAUCACUCCAUCCCUUGGCACUCUUCCCCUCCACGCUGUUUGCAAUAACAACAACAGCACCCGCCAUUCGCCACUAAGUGACGGUGAUGUCACCACGUCGCCUGUGCCAGGCCAGGUGCACUUUGAGGCCACAUGAAGUCACAUGAUAGCAAUACAUCCAGUCGCACCCACGUACCCCCGAGGUGGCACGCUAACUUGAAUGGUUUUGAUUUAAAGCUUUCGUGACUGCAGGGAUUCAUCUUCUUGGUUUUUUCGGUAAGUCACGUAGAAGGGAAAUAAUAAAAUAAUAAAAAUAAAACAUAAUAAAAUAAUUCUCACGACGUUUCGGCCACAACGUAAGCAGCCGUCCUCAGGUGAAGACCAGGUCUGUCGGGGAGACAUGUUUUAUUUUUCUUAUUUUAUUAUUUCCGUUCUACGUGACUUUACCGAAAGAACCAAGAAGAUGAACUUGAAUGAUAUUCAAACAUAAAUGCACUCUAUUUGUAUUUAUACUUUCAAUCGAAGCCUAAGGCUAGCUUUUACUUGAUCGGUUAUUAUGAUUGGCCCACAGUGAGUAAGCAGCCUCUGGCGGGAUUGUCUUUGCCUGGAAAUUAAAUGUACAUGAGAAGAAGUUCGUUAUUGUGCGCACGUUUGCCUUUGGAAUUGUUAACGCCCCCGUAUCCCAAGGUACAUGAGACUUGCAUAGCAACAUUCUAUUUUGGUUUAGUAGCAUGAUUUAUAUUUCUAAUUCUCUCACUUAAUUAUCAAAUUGCAUUUACAAGCAAUAUAGAUGCGUGUCUUCACCUGUGUGCUUUGGAUACCAGCACUGUAUAUGCCUCUGUUGCCAGGGCAACAAACAGCAAAUAUUUACACCGUGGAUGAAAUUAUUUAAAAAAGGAUCUUCAUGCUUCAUCGGAAUUUGUUUAUAUUCUUGGUUCUUUCGGUAAAGUCACGUAGAUAGAAAAUAAAAAUAACAUUACAAAAAAAAUUAAAAUUACAAUUAUUAAUUUAAAAUAAUAAUACCAGUUUUGUUCUAACACACCAUAGCUUCUUGGCGCCUGCUGUACUGCAUUAUCAUGAUGCUGCUUUUUCAAAGAAAAUUGCUAAGUUAAAACUAACAUUUAUACCGAGCGUUUAGUGACCCAAAAAGAUAGCUUACGUUUGGGAAACGCAGAAAAAGUAUUUACAUUUUUCCUUUUAUAUUUUACCAACACUUUCUUAAAAUAAAAAAUGUUGUACAGUGUGGUUUAUUUAUAGGGAUUUUAUCCAUUUCCUUCUGCUAAUAUUUUAACCAGCAGUGAGAAUUUAUUUUUAGAAGAAAAAAACGUUAUCUGGUCAUCUGCCAAAACAUAUGAUCCACAUCCAACUUCAUGAUGGUCAAGUGGAAGUAACCUCUACUUUUUGUAUUGAAAUGUACUUUAUACAGUAUCUUCAAAAGGUCUGUUUAAUAAGUAUGAAAUCCAGAAGUUUAUUUCUGUCGACUAAAAGUGCAAAAGUAGCAUCAAUGAAUGUACGACCCUUUUUCAAUUAACUGCUGGAUGAAAGUCUUACCACACCUUUUCGGUCAUGGGGGUUGGUUAACCAGACUGCACCACGUGAUCAUUUGCGGGUUGGUGAAGAAAGGUGAGCAGGACAUCUUUAGAUUAGGAGCUUUAAAAUUGUGGCAUCUUUGCAUUUCAGGCAGCCGUGUGAAAAAAAGCUGGCAAAUAAUGGUUAUCGGUUUUCCGCAUGUACAGAAAUCUCUAGCAAUAAGCAUAACAUUGUUACCUUUUUAACUGAGACACAAAGGCAGCUGCCACAGUGAAUUUUUUAGAACUUCUUUCGCACCGUACAUAGCUAGCCUUGCUAAUCGGAGGUGAUGUUGCGUCAUUGUUAGAACACUGGCCUUGAAAUGUACAGGUGGCCGGUUCAAUUCCAUCUGCUGAAGCAGCAGUUGUGGAAAUUGGACAAGUUUCUUAAAUCCCCUACCCCCUCUCCUCUGUCCGCCAAGCAAUAUACAUUUAGUACACCACUAUAUAUCGGAAGGUCACCUGUGGUGGGGUAAAACGUGGGUACUCCAACCUCUUCCAAGACGUCUGGUCAGCGUGGAAGUGUAGGCCAAAAUAGACGCAAUCUCUAGAACUCUCUCUAGUGGAGGUCCGUCUGCCACCAGUGGAGUGAGCAAGCAAUUGUGGAGUUGCGCCUUCACCUUUUAACUGAGAAACGAGGGGGGAAAAUGUACGCGCGGUGACUUAAACCAGCGUGCCAUUUGUAGGUCCGCGCAUGCCGAUCGGUGCAUUAACUACGAAGGUUUCCACUGGAAUCGGUAACCGGUUCCUGACUUUCGGAACUGGUGGUUAAUUCUGGAAACAAUCAUCGGUUUGCCGAUGGUUGAACAACGCUCAUUCAGAUAUAAACCUAAUGAUUUGGUGAUUCUUCUGCGUUGACAGUGGUGCACAAGAAGAAUUGGCAACAACCAAAAACUCAACACACCUGUAAAUGACACUGCCUUAAAAGAAAACAUAUAAUUGGUGAGGUUAUGGGCAGUGGUGUAUCAUCAUUUUUGUGCUUUGAAGAAGGGCCAGCCAUUUUUUAAAUACACAUUGUCUUCUUUUUUUGCAUUGUUAUUGAGGAAUGUGUUGAGUUUUCUCGUUCAGGUAUCACUCGCCACUGGUGUUAGCCGUGGCCGAGAAUCAAACUCACCGGGUUCAUUGCACCAUUCACUAUGCCCCCCCCCCCCCAAAAAAAAAAGCAACUAUUUUAGCUAUGCGUUCACUUAUGCAACGAUUGUAAACUGCUAUUUCAGUAUAACACUUCCAAAUGGGACUUAAAAUUAAGUAAUAUGUAAUAUUUAAAAAAACCUUUUUUUUAAACACGCUUUUGUGAAAUGUACUAGUAAUGGCAGAACUCCACGACUCCAGUAAGUGACCCCGAAGCUUGCCAUAACGUAAGGGGGACCAUGGCUAAUUACAGCCAACGUCAGUUGAUCGUGGACAAUUAGACCCAAGCCGAAACAUAACAUGCAAAAAAUAUGUUUCAAAAAAUAUAUAUAUGUUUUAUAUGAUAAAAUAUAGUAUUGUCAUCAGUAUGACAUAAGUAUACCAAGUUUGCAGUCGAUACCACUUUGGGAAGUGGGUUAAAAUUGAGUUACAAGAUUUGAGGAUACAACAACGACAACAACAGACAGAGUUAAUAAAAGCAUGUAAAAAAGCUUGAAUGAGUGUUUUGGGGUGUUUAUUGUAUGUACAUGUAUAGGCACUCUUUUUUUUUGCUUUGUAAAUGCUCACAUUUUUUUUAUUCACUGCUGUAUUAUGCCUUGUGUGUGUAUAUAUAUAUAGUAAAAUAAUAAAUUACGUGUCGACGUUUUAUCGCAGUCUGUUGUUUAUAAAUCUGUAAUGAACAAUUUUAUUUUAUGGUCAUAUAUCUUGGAAGCAUUGUACGUGAAUCAUGCUUGCUAUUGCUUUCACAGCUAUCGUUUGUAUCGCUUUAAAGACUUACAUAAUUCUGAAACGUACGAUAUCAUUUGUCUGGAAUGAGUGCCUUUAAGCCUUACUGAUAGUGUACUUACACGCAUAAGUCGCUGUUACGUCACGGUGUGCCUUAUGACUGCGUGUCAAAAACAUAAGAACAAAUCCUUUCAAAGUUCAUGACAGCCGCUGUUUACCGCACACAAUUGGUAUGUUAUGCACAUGCAUGGAAUGGACCAUUUGUGGAAAACACUAAAAUCUUGUUUAAGGAUCGAUGUAUUUACUAACUUGAGUAUAUGUGUGUAAACAUCAUUAUAGUGACAUAAUACAGAUCCUGUGUAAUGCACACAAAGGCUUUCUAAUAAAACUUACACGUGUUAAAAAA